UAAACAAUCAAAUUGCAUUCUGAUUGUCGCCUGUCAUCUUCUGAAGCUGUUAGGUUUGAAUAUGCACUUCAGUGUUCAAUAUUUUUCACCAGUCUAUUUCUAGUUUCCAAAAACAAACUAAAACCGAGUGCGUUUGUGAAAAGUAAUUAAGGUAAACGAGAGCACUAUUUGUUGGAACAAAAACUUGACGAAACACCAAAAAUGGAUUUUAAUAUAGAAAUAUUAGCAAAUAUAUGCCAAUUUCACCCGCACCGCUAAAUGCAUUUAGUAUCACUUUUCAUAAUGGUAUAUUGCUUAAAGCACUGUUUGUUGGCGAUGUCCCUGGAUGUAUACGGAAAGUAUUCCACGAGCACAAAAAUCCGGGACCGAAAUCCAAUAUCCCAUGGUGAAGCGAGGUGUACUUCAAACUUUAUACCUUUAGGCGAUGCUAACUUCCAGUCAAUACGUAACCUAAGCAAACAGUUGCGCUGUGCGCUUUAAUGCCUUCUAUUGACGGUGGAUCGAUCAUACUGCUCUCGCUUUCUCGGAGAUUUUUCAGUUUCAUUUCACGCGCUCGUCUAAUAGUGCAUUGACUGUCGCGGUGAGAUUGUUUGUCCAUUUGCACGCAUUAUAAUAAUAAUAAAAAAAACAGCGACAGGGAUGAAAGACGCGAGUCACACAAUGGACGUUGAAAAAUGACAAGGCAGGAAGGGUGAAGAUGCGAAUCGGUUGUCCCUUCGAUGAUGGAUUGCUAUAUAAAGGAAGAUUGUUUUGUCAGCCUUAUACAAUAAAGGUUCGGUUCCACGCUGAAGAGAGUGCUGUAAGAUUGAAGUGCUCACAUGUAUAGUACCCUAGUUCUGACAUUUCACCAUAUCACUGACAUAGUGUGACAACAAUUGCGAGAUUAGGCGUACGCACACACCUGUGCUCUAGCAUGAUGGAAGCGUUAAAGAGACCUCGCCAGAACAAGCUGGGCGUCUCCACCUCACUCGUACUGUUCUCUCUGUGGCUUUUGUCGCUGCUAGGGGGAGCAAGAGCCGUCCUUACUGCUGAACAGCUUCAGGAGCUGAGACGCUUCGUGAACACGACUCUCCAGUGCAAGGGGGACCCAGCCUUCGCGCUAUCCAUCGUCCACGACGGGAACGUCCUUCUCAGCGAAGGCUAUGGCAUCGCAGACCUUGAGACCCAACGUGAAGUCACUUCCUCGACAGCAUUCCCGAUAGGAUCUUUAACGAAAGGUUUUGCUGCCGUGCUUCUAGCUCAACUAUUGGCCGGAAAGAAUAUAACAUGGACCACGCCCAUAACCAGAUACCUUGACCAGUCGUUCCGGUUUGCGGAUGAUAUUCUUAAUAAAGAAGUCUCCCUUGAAGACAUCCUCUCCCACAGGACAGGUUUAGAGAGUGUUCUUUUGCCCCUGUUUAUGGGCUGGCCGGAAAACAAAGACAGGACGGAAGUUAUACGAGCACUUAUGAAGGGUUUGAGGACGAAAGCACCCCUUCGAACUUCGUUUAGUUAUAAUAACUACCUGUACGGAUUAGCAGGUGUCAUAGCAGAACAGUUGUCGGGGGCGCCACGGCGUUCUUGGGAAGACCUCAUCGCUCAGUUUAUCCUGCAGCCUCUCAGGUUGGCCAACACAGGGUUCGUACAAGACGUACAGGAGGGAGAUUUGGGGGGAUUCGCCUUUCCCUAUGUUAAGAUCGGAGGCGAGAAGAGAUUGGUCGAUAUGAUUUACACUACAGCAAAACAAACUAUGCAUCUAGCAGCAGCAGGGGCCAUGUACUCUACAGCAGACGACAUGGCCAAGUGGCUGAACUUCCUGAUUAGCGGUGGAAAAGAUGAAAGCGGGAACUUUCUUGUAGGAGAUCAUAUGCUUUUUGGUGAUAUUUUCAACGACCACAUGCAUAACCCGCAACCAUUUUCGUCCGUCUACAGUUUUUCCAAGCCCAGCUAUCCGUUUGAAGAUUAUUCGCACAGCUACGGGUUUGGGUGGUUAGAUGCUAGAUACAGAGGUUUUCGCAAAAUAUGGCAUUCAGGAAGCAUUUCUACUUACAUGGCUGUGUUAUAUAUAUUUCCACAUAUGAGAACGGGUCUUUUUUCGGUAACCAGCAGCAACGAUGGGGACUCUGCAGCCGCACUGUACUCCAUUACAAGUUACGCUUCCGAUCUAUUGCUUGGAGAAAGGACGUGGCUGAAUGAGUCCACGGUGUGUGAUUUUAAAGCGAAAUGGAGUCAGGAAAUGCAAGUUAAUUUUUUAUCAGAGUUUAAUUCAAGCCGGCCAUUAGAAGCAUAUGUAGGCACAUAUAUUGCUGAACCCUGGCCGACGAUUGAAGUCUAUGUAAAUGAAACGGACACCAUGCUUCACAUGACAAUGGGGGCAAUAGGGCAUCUCCUUUUAUAUCCGACCGCCCAUGCAGAUACAUUUCUUGGAAAAUAUUUGGAUUAUAAUUUUUAUUUAUCAGAAUCUGACUACUUUCAAAUGGCAGCUACAAUACAAUUUAAGCAAUCUACAGACGGUCCUACGAACAUAGUGGACACCCUGUUGCUACCGCCUGAAAACUCCCCAAUGAUUUAUCGUCUGCUAACCGCCCAAGGGGGAACGUGGGAAACUGGGACCGUUUUACCAGCGACUGAAUGCGCUACUAUGACUCGCAGUGGACACCCACAAUUACAAAGCAUAAAUUUACUGACAUUCACAGUAUUUAUUAUAAAUAUUAUAACUUUUGCUACUUGGUAGAUAUGUUAUGUCAAGUGAAAAUUUUGUUAAUUGUUAUCAUCUUGUGGGAAGUGGAUCUCGCUGGUAUUCCGAUUCAUUAUUCUGGCCCCAUCUGCCCGUAAAGACUCCUCUUGCAGACUCGAUUAUUAAUUAAUUUUUUAACUCAAUAUUUGUAAAAAAAAUUACUUGACCUAAACAGAUUAGCGAUUACAAUAAUACCUUGCGUUAAAGAAACUAAAGUUUUGUGACUCGUGAUUAAAUAAAAUUGCCUGUUUGGUAAACAUAUUACGUCAAUUCUUUAAAUAAAACGUGAAGGUAACAUGAGUGUGAAAACCAUUGCUAAAGUUUGAGAGGGUUUUAACUUCCCCUAGCAAAGUCGAUCCUCAUAUUAGCAUUUCAAUGAACGGAAAAUAAUAUGUAUGAAUAUAGACCUUGCCAGUUUUACACUCCAGUUGUUGUCAGAACGUAUAUAAGUAUGCGACAGUCUCCCUGUUGAAAAAAAGCUUUUUGUCCCAAUUUUUGUAUCGUCUCGUUUCAAGCCGUGUUAUUUUACUUUUCGUCAAACAAGUUAGGUGGUUUCCGUUCCCACACGUGAACGUUUACGAAAUAAGCAAUAAGCUACAUAUCUAAUUUGACAAGUACAGAGUGAUUUUAAUUUGCCAUGUCUAUUGUGUGUACUAUGGAAUUCACGUGCUGUUUUUUUUUUUUUAACUAUUUUUCGUAUUAUGUUAAAGGAGUCAGCAUGCUCUCUGCGAAGAAUGUACAUUACGUCCCGGGAUAUGCCUGGUUCAAAACCCAAGAAAAACAAUAUUUGGAAAAACAUGGUAUUUAUGAACAUUUAUGCAAUAAAAUGAGAAAUAAAGACAA